AUGAGGCUCAACAUACACUCAAGGAGGGUCCUUGCGACAGGUCUCCGGCCGCCGACGACAACAUGCACUGCCGGUCCGACGACACACUCUACCCUCGUGCCGCGGCCACGCACACAACCACAGCAACCUCUCGCACAGUCAAACGGUGCCAGCCGACCCCUCCACACGACCGCUUCGCGCGCCAUUAGCUGGGGUGGUCUCUUUGGCCGCAAGAAGAAGCCGGCUUCGUCCAACACUGCCGAUGUGGCUGCUGGCCUCUCCGGCGACCUCAGUCGGGCUAAAACCCGCCAGGAGCUCAAGGACCGCAUGACCAGCCCCGGCCUGAGCGCGAGUCCCUUACUUGCGAGCGAGUUAGAACAGCAGGGCGAGGAGGACGGUACCGCCUCAAAGCCUUUGAAAACCUCGGCGGCCCGCAACGAAAUCGGUACAUCGCUGUUGCAGUCUGACUUGCAGCGCGCCCUCGACCCGGACCCGCGCAGCCGUGUCCGCUGGGAGCGCAAGAUGGUGGUGCGUCAUGUGUCACGCAUGCUGGACCCCAAGGGCCAGGAGACGCGCGAUGAGCGCCUGGCCCGCACGGAGCGCCAGUUGCUGCACAAGUCGAUGCCCAUCCCAACGAGCACAAAGAAACUGGUGCACCUGGCCCGGCAAAUUUCGGGCAAGACCCUCGAGGAUGCGCUGGUGCAGAUGCGCUUCAGCAAGAAGAAGAUGGCCAAGGAGGUGCUGUGGCACCUUGAGGAAGCACGCGACAUGGCCGUGGUGGAGCGCGGUAUGGGUCUGGGCCGUGUGCAGAAGCAGAAUGAAGCAGAUGGUGAGGGCGCAGAAGCGUCCUCACCCAACGCCAUCAAGAUCGAGACCAAGGACGGCCGGUGGCUCGAGAUCACCGACCCCUCGCGGAUGUAUAUUGACCAAGCCUGGGUCGGCAAGGGUAUUUGGCGCUCGGCCGUAACUGAAUACCGCGCCCGUGGCCGCCGCAAUACAAGAUGGUCGCCAUCAUCCUUCCUCUCUGUCGUCCUCAAGGAGGAGAAGACGCGCAUCCGCCAGUAUGACGAGCGUUUGGCCAAGGAGGCCAAGAAAGCGCCUUGGGUUCACCUACCCAACCGUCCUGUCACAGCACAAAGACCCUACUACUCGUGGUAG